AUGGCCUCCGACCACGGCAGCUCGAGCUCCUCGGAGCCGGACGAUGAGCCCUUCCAUAAGCCUAUUAAUGAAUCGGACACCGUCCUGUCGUCUGACGGCAGCAACGUCUCGGACGAUGUCCGCUCGGAACCCAGAGAUAGCCCUCGCAGCACCACCCCAGACGACGAACCCCCAGUGGUAGUGACCAUGACUGCGAGGGCCUAUCAACUCGAGAUGCUCGAGGAGAGCCUGAAGCAGAACAUCAUUGUCGCGAUGGACACUGGAAGUGGAAAGACCCAGGUUGCCAUCCUUCGAAUUAAAAUAGAGAUGGAACAGAGCGACAAGAUUGCUUGGUUCUUGGCCCCAACAGUAUCCCUGGCCGAACAGCAAUUCGAGGCAAUUCGAGCUCAAAUUCCAGGAGUCCAGUCCAAACUGAUCCUUGGGUCCGACAGCGUGGAUGCGUGGUCGACUAUGCCUGGCGUCUGGGAUGCCGUCCUCCUCAACACCCGCAUCGUCGUCUCAACCUAUCAGAUUUUGUUCGACGCUGUAGCCCACGCUCUCAUCCCACUUUCUUCUCUUGGGCUUGUUGUAAUAGACGAAGCCCACAACUCCAAGGGAAGGAAUCCGAUCGCAAGGCUCAUGAAGGAGCACUAUGUCCCCAGCAAGGCGAAAGGGCUCGCUGUUCCCCACAUCCUGGGCCUCACAGCGAGUCCUCUCAUGAGAUCUAACCUAGGCGACCUGGAAGUCCUUGAGCAGACCUUGGAUGCCGUCUGUAAGACGCCGAGCAAACACCGAGACGAGCUCAUGGCCCAAGUCAAUCGUCCCGAGAUGAAGGCCACUGCGUACGGAGCCAUGCUCGACUCCGAGGCCGACGCUGCGCCCACCCCGACCAUGGCGAGACUGAAAAGCGCCUACCUAGAGCUCGACAUGCGACAGGAUCCAUACGUCCGGCAUUUGUUGACCGACAAUACACCACGGAGUCGGGCAAGGCUCAAGAAGGUUCUCUUAACCAAGCAGACAUACUGCAGAUCGCAGAUGGAGUCCUUCUGUAGAGGAGCCUUGGAUAUCUGCAAGUCAUGUGGCCCCUGGGCUGCGGAUUACUAUAUCCAUAGGGUCAUUUCUGCCUUUACCAAAGACCCAGCAACCCCCAGCCAUUCCAACGACAAUCUUGCAGAACAAGAACGGAAAUAUCUUGUCGAAGCGUUCCUAAAGGUGGACGCUCAGCCGCCCGCUGAGAUCCCGACAGCUCUCUCGCCCAAGGUGCAAGCUUUGCUCGACGCUCUCGGGUCCCAUCAAGGAAAGCCGUUUGGGAUCGUUUUUGUCAAGGAGAGGGCGACUGUCGCCGUCUUGUCACACAUCCUCACCGUCCACCCCAAAACCUCGCACCGCUACCGAGUGGGCUCCAUGGUAGGCACCUCGAGAGUACCCGGGAGAAGACAGGACUUCUUGGACUUGAGCCAAAAGGAAUACUUGCUCUCGCUUCUGGCGUUUCGGAGAGGGACGACGAACCUCCUGGUGGCAACAAGCGUGCUCGAAGAGGGAAUUGACGUGCCAGCGUGCAACCUCGUCAUCUGUUUUGACAAACCGGACAACCUCAAAUCCUUCAUCCAGCGCCGGGGUCGAGCACGAAUGUCUGAGUCUCAGCUGUAUCUCCUCGUCGAGGAUGAAUCAGACGGCUCGUCACAGGGAUGGCAAGACCUGGAGAAGGAGAUGAAACGCAAGUAUGAAGACGACAUGCGCGAGAACAAGCGGCUCGAGGAAAUCGAAAACAUUGAAGACUUGGAUUACCCCGUCCUGAGAUCCCAGGAGACGGGCGCUCAGAUCACCAUUCUCGAUGCCAAGUCACACCUCGAACACUUCUGCGCCACCCUCUCGACGCGCAAGUUUGUCGACUGGAGUCCAUUUUACGUCGUCCACGACAUAGUGGGGAACCCGAUUGAUGCCCACCAGCCUGGCCUGCGGAAGGCCACUGUCCAUCUACCAGUCUCACUUGCUCCCGAACUGCGAUGCUUCGAGAGUCUCCAAGCCUGGACCUCGGAGGCGAAUGCUUGCAAAGAUGCCGCAUUCCAGGCAUACGCCAAGCUGUACGAGGUUGGGCUGGUAAACCGCAACCUGCUGCCCAUCAGAGAGACCGACUUGUUAAAGGAUGUUGAGCAGCGCGCUGGCCUAGCCACGGUCAGGGAGCAGUUCAACCCUUGGCCGCUAGUGGCCCAAGCGUGGCAAGACGGUGUACCAGUUUCUCGAAGGAGGGUGACGGUCUCGAGGCACGACGAGUCAGCUCGUGCCGAGCUUGAGCUAGCACUCCCCGUGACGAUCCCUACCAUGGAGCCAUUCAAUUUAUACUGGAGUCAUACAUCAUCGUGGCUCAUCAGGAUGGACUCCGAUACGCCCAUGUCAAGCGUGACAGUCGAGAGCCAGGCCGAUCACACGUCUACCUUGUUUUCCAUGGCCUUCGGGCACAGAUGGCAGGUUGCGGAGAAACGGCUUCCUGUUCGGUUUACUUGCCUGGACCGCAACGUACGCCUUGAGGAUAUGGCCUCCGAGGUGAUGAGCGCCGAACUGAUGAGCAAGAAGUCCUCUACUUAUCUGGUCCGGGAUCUUACCAAUCAGAACCACCCUUACUUCUACUUGGGCUGGAUUCCCACCAAACCUGCGGCGGAGCUAAUAGGGAAGCCUUACCGGGGUUUUGAAGACGCCCCCGAAGAUAGCGCAUACGUGGCCGUUAAAGGAUGGCCCAAGAAAUCGGGCGCCUUCCGGCCGCUGCAUCAGAACGCAGCACCGAACCCAAGUAGCAAGCCCUACCCGAGGGUUCUGCCUGCGGAUCAAGUCCGAGUUGAUAGUGUGCCGGCGAUCUAUGCUCAUAUUGGCAUGAUGGUCCCCGCCAUCACUCAUGCGCUCGAGACUCAUCUUGUGGCCAAGGACCUUCUGGAGUCCCGCUUAGAACAAACGGGCAUCACAGACUUGUCACUUGUUGUCACCGCGAUCACCGCCAGCGCGGCUAGAGGCCCGACUGACUACGAGCGGAUAGAGUUCCUCGGAGAUUCGAUCCUCAAGUUCUGUACAACUAUUAAUUGUUCAGCCAAGUACCUGAAAUUUCCGGAGGGGUGUUUGUCGCCCUUGAAAGACAAGAUUGUGUCAAACUCGAGGCUGUUCCGUGCCGCCGUCGACUUUGGCCUGGACCGGUACAUUAUCCACAAAGCCUUCAGCCUUCACAAAUGGCGACCGACGUACGUCGAGGACCUUCUCGAGAACCCGCCGUCCGCAACCGAAACAAGGAGGCUCUCGACUAAGAUCAUCGCCGAUGUGGUCGAGGCUCUGAUCGGCACCUCCUUCGUAAGCGGCGGCAUCCCCAACGCCCUCGCCUGCAUGUCCCUGUUCCUCCCCGAGGUUGAGUGGAGCAGCAUCGAGGACGGCCGAGAAAUUCUAUACAACGAGGCACCGGACGGCGAAUCUCUCCCUAGGACCAUGCGUCAGCUAGAGUCACUGAUCGGGUACAACUUCACCAAAAAGGCACUCCUCGUCGAAGCCAUGACACAUCCGUCCUGCAACGGGCCCGGCAUCCGCGCCUCGCUCGACCGCCUCGAGUUCCUUGGCGACGCUAUCCUAGACUACGUCGUCGUCAACAAGCUCUUUGCCAUUUCCCACCCCGCGCCACUCGAAAACUCGGCCCUCCACCUCCUCCGCUCGGCCCUCGUCAACGCCGACAUCCUCGGCUUCCUGGUCAUGGAGUGGGCCAUCACCGAAGACUGCGUCGAGGUCACCGUCACAACGGACAACAACAACAACAACAACAACAACAACAACGACGACGAAGACGGCGGCACCAACACCACCUCCACCAACACCACCACCACCACCAACAACAACAAACCCGACGUGCACCUAACCCCCUCCAAAACAACCCUCCCCCUCUGGACCUUCCUGCGCCACGCCUCCCCGGACAUGGGUCUCAUCCAGCGCGCGACCGCGCUCCACCACGCCGCCAUGCGCGACGAGAUCCUCGAGGCGCUGUGGCGCGGCGCCAGCUACCCGUGGUCGCUGCUCUGCCGGCUGCAGGCGCAGAAGUUCUACUCGGACGUCUUCGAGAGCCUGCUCGGCGCCGUGUGGGUCGACUCGGGCGACCUGGCCGCCUGCGAGGCGGUUGUUGAUCGGCUGGGUAUCCUCCCGCUUAUGUGUCGGCUUGUGAGUGAUGGGGUGCAUCUGAUGCAUCCGAAGGAGGAGUUGGGUGUGCUGGCGGUGAGUGAUAAGGUGGAGUAUGUGGUCGAGGCGCAGGUCGGGGAGGGGGUGGCUGAGGGGGAGAGGGUGUUUAGGUGUGAGGUGGCCGUGGGUGGGGUGGUUUUGGGGAGGGCGGAGGGGGCGGCGAGUCGGGAGGAGGCUAGGACCAGGGCGGCCGAGGGGGCGUGUGGGGUGUUGAGGGGGAGGAAGGGGGAGGGGGUGGUGGUGGUGGAGGGUGGGAGUGAUUGA